CCCGCGCCGCCCCUCUGCCGAGCCCGCCUUGUCAGCUUCUGGGCCGCCAGGUCCAUGUGGAGGCUCCCCAGAGCUCGCGCCGCGCUUCGUGGGGUGCGGAGGGUCGUGGAGCUGCGCAGCCGGGCCGAGGCGGCGACCGAGACGCCGGCGGGCGCGAUGGAGCGCGCGGUGGUGCGCUGCGUGCCUUCGGAGCCCAAGCUGAGCCUGUCGUUCGCGCUGGCCGACGGCAGCCACAAAAACAUGCAGCGCGACCAGAGCGAGCCGCUUGGCCGGGCCCUCAGUCGGAUUGCCACGAACGCCCUCAAGGGCCACGCCAAGGCGGCAGCGGCCAAAAAGAGCAGAAAGAACCGGCUGAACGCGGGCGGCGGCGCGGCGUGUGCGGAGCCCGAGCCCGCAGCGCCCUGCGAGCCCGUGGUGAGGCUGUACUACCGGGAGGAGGCAGUGGCCGAGGACGUGCUCAACGUGGACGCCUGGCAGGACGGAGCGGUGCUGCAGAUCGGUGAUGUCAAGUACAAAGUGGAGCGCAACCCGCCCGCCUUCACCGAGCUGCAGCUGCCUCGCUACAUCAUGGCUGGCUUCCCGGUGUGCCCCAAGCUUAGCCUCGAAUUUGGGGAUCCUGCCAGCUCCCUCUUCCGCUGGUACAAGGAAGCCAAACCUGGAGCGCAGGAAGCCCAGGGCAGUGGCUCUUCGGCCUCCUCUGCCCCUUCUUCCUCCUCUCCCUCAGGAUCUGCCACUUGGACAGAGACGGGUGUGGACGCGCGCGUCUACAUCCCCUCCAAUGCUGACAUCGGGCUCCGGCUCAAGCUUCAGUGCACCCCAGGCAAUGGGCAGCGCUUCGGGCCGAGCCGCGAGUUGGAAAGCGUGUGUCCAGUGGAGGCCGGACCUGGCACCUGCACGUUUGACCAUCGGCAUCUCUACACCAAGAAGGUGACAGAGGCCGCGCGCAUCCGCACCGUCUCCUACAACAUCCUGGCGGACACUUACGCCCAGACCGAGUUCUCGCGGACCGUGCUGUACCCGUACUGUGCGCCCUACGCCCUGGAGCUCGACUACCGCCAGAACCUCAUCCAGAAGGAGCUCACGGGCUACAACGCCGACCUCGUCUGUCUGCAGGAGGUGGACAAGGCCGUUUUCACUGACAGCUUGGUCCCCGCCCUCGAGGCCUUCGGGCUGGAGGGUGUGUUUCGGAUCAAGCAGCACGAAGGCCUGGCCACCUUCUACCGCAAGUCCAAGUUCAGCCUCUUGAGCCAGCACGAUAUUUCCUUCCACGAAGCCCUGGAGUCUGACCCCUUGCACAGAGAACUGCUGGAGAAGCUGGCUUUGUACCCGCGGGCGCAGGAGAAGGUGCUGCAGAGAUCGUCUGUCCUUCAGGUUUCAGUUCUUCAGUCUACACAGGACUCUUCGAAGAAGAUAUGUGUGGCCAACACUCAUUUGUACUGGCAUCCAAAAGGUGGAUACAUUCGUCUCAUUCAAAUGGCAGUGGCCUUGGCUCACAUUAGACAUGUCUCAUGUGAACUGUACCCUGGCAUACCAGUUAUAUUUUGCGGGGACUUUAACAGUACACCCUCAGCAGGGAUGUAUCACCUUGUCAUCAAAGGCAGCGUUCCGGAGGAUCAUGAAGACUGGACUUCCAAUGGAGAGGAGGAGAGAUGCAACAUGGCCCUUACACAUCUCUUUAAGCUCAGGAGUGCGUGCGGCGAGCCCGCCUACACAAACUAUGUGGGCGGCUUUCAUGGGUGUCUGGAUUACAUUUUCAUUGACUCCAAUGCUUUGGAAGUUGAACAGGUGAUUCCAUUGCCUAGUCAUGAAGAAGUCACUACCCACCAGGCCUUACCUAGCGUCUCCCAUCCUUCUGAUCACAUAGCACUUGUAUGUGAUUUAAAAUGGAAAUAGAUUUGUGUUGAGUGGAAUUUCUUUGUAAGUCUGAAAAGGAAGUUAAUUACUUUGGUAGAAAAAUGUUAAUCACAGCUUCUGUGUGACCCUCCCAGGGGCACUAAGGUAGAAGAGUUACACCCCACAUUGCAGGCGUCUCCCCGCGGGAUUACCUAUGUUGGCAGUGUAUACCUUCCCUACUCGUCUUUCCCAAAAUGUACUUAUGACUAGUAAGAGGAAAGUGGAAUUUUACCUACAUUUUUGUGAUUUUUUAAGCCAAUAAUUAAGAAUUCUUUUUUAACAAUUUCAAAGAUCUUACAAUUUUUCUUUCAUAACAUUUCAAACUGAAUCAUGUUUAUACAGUUAGGGGAGAAAUGCAUAUAGGUUCGGGUGAGAGACCUAACUUCCAACACAUGGAAGGAGUAACAUUAGGGUCUAGCCCUGCCUCACUCUGGAUGGCAUUUAACACAGUGUCAAGAGUUUUAACAAAAGAUUAGAAUACACUAUCACCAAUUGUUACUGCUGCUUCUUUGUAAUCAACAAUGUAUUUUGUUUUUAUAAUUAUCAUGUUCAGAAUAUGGUAUAAAUGGGCAUAACAUUC